AUGGCUUCGACUGUACUAACUCCACACCUCUUUUCCCUUCAUAGAACCCAUCAGCUCCACCACCACCGUCGCCGCCUCCACCACCACUCCCCAAACAACACUGAUCCAUCCAGAAUAAGUAUUAUUUACUCUUCUUCAAGCUUGCAAGAAAUCAAGAAACCAUCAGUAUCACCUCUGCCGCCACCAGAUGAUUCAGAGGGAAGAGACUUAUUGAGCUGGAAGAGUAUAAAUAUGCCACCAAUACGGGCUGCGAAGAGAGUGGUUCUGGUGAGGCACGGGCAGAGCACGUGGAAUGCGGAGGGUCGGAUCCAAGGGAGCUCGGAUUUCUCGGUGCUCACUCAGAAGGGCGAGGCUCAGGCUGAGACAUCGCGACAGAUGCUUCUUGAUGAUUCCUUUGAUGUCUGCUUCUCAAGUCCCCUGAUUAGAUCGAAGAGAACGGCGGAGAUCAUUUGGGGUUCUCGUGGGGAGAAGAUCAUAACAGAUUCUGACUUGAGGGAAAUUGACCUCUACUCAUUUCAAGGCCUCCUAAAGAAUGAGGGAAAAGCCAAGUAUGGCGCGGCUUAUCGUCAAUGGCAAAUUGAUGCUGCAAACUUCAAUAUUGAUGGCCAUUAUCCUGUGAGGGAAUUAUGGGUACGUGCUAGAAACUGCUGGACAAAAAUUCUUACCCAUGAAAGCAAGUCAAUUCUGGUAGUUGCUCACAAUGCUGUUAAUCAGGCUCUUGUCGCAACCGCAAUUGGAUUAGGCGCCGAGUACUUCAGGGUUCUACUUCAGAGCAAUUGUGGUGUAAGUGUGCUGGACUUCACUCCAAAACCUGAAGGCGGGUCUCCUGAUAUAUGCCUUAAUCGUUUAAAUCAGACCCCCAGUUCACCUAUAGCUGCUGGCAGUUCUGCGGGCAGGAAAACCAGUAUGCGAAUUAUACUUGUUUGUCACGGAGUCUCCGAGAGUAAUCAAGAGGGCAGUAUUGUUUAUAGUGGGGAUGGACCGAUGAACAUGCUCGGGAAUAUACAAGCGCAGAAAACUGCAGAGCUACUUCUUGAUGUGAAUGUGAACACUAUAGUCAGUGGUACUACGACAGCAUCAGUCGAGACAGCAAAUGCGAUUUCCCGAGUUCAAGAAGCUGCUGAUUGCUUGGGCGCUGAUUGUGUACCACGCUAUGUGGAAAUGAACCAGACGCAGGGACUUGAUGUUGAAAACAUCCUUAACCAAUUGAACAAGGAUGAAGUAACAGCAGAGUUAUGGAAUCAAUCAGGAAAAGCCUGGAAAUAUUUGUUAGAUGAACUAAAUAAAGGUUCUGAUUCAGAGAAAAAAAUUGUUGCAGUUGGGAAUCCUGCAGUUCACACUGCAAUGCUGGGACACUGCUUAAAACUUUCAAAGGAAUGGAUUGGAUCAUUUCAUCUUGAUGCAGGCAGUGUCAACGUCGUUGAUUUCCCGGAUGGGCCCACCGGAGGAGGUAUUAUCCGGUGCAUCAACUACACUGCCCAUUUAGGGAGGUGGUCUAUACCUAUUACAAGAUCAACAGUGGAUGAUGAGGAGUUCUGA